GAGACCAUGUUUGGCUUAGGCUGCUAGCAUAGCAAGUCAACACCACUACAUUCUUCUCCUUGGCUCUUUUGAAUUGUUUGGCUGCACAUUCUUAGAAUCCAAGUACACCAUAGGCAAAUUGUAGUCCCAGCUAAUUGCUAUGUUCAUGAAGAUAAGACACAGCAAAACAAUAACAGUCCAACAAAACACAGGAAACAAGACUCAUUGGAGUCCAAUGGGCAGCCGGUUGUGCAUCUCAUGGAGAGAGAAGGAGCGCAAAAAGUGCUCUAUCUGGAGAGGAAAGUUUUCUUUGUUUCAAUGGAGACACUAGGUAACACUGCGGGAAUUAGAGUGGAAGAGAAGAAGAGAGGAGGUUAUAGAUCUUGGAUUCAUUUAUCAUCUGAGAUGGCUUUUUGGGUAGUGGAUGCGAUGGAAGAAGCAAUGGAUACCAGUUCAGAGAAACGAAGAUGGGCAAGAAGGGAAGGAGAAUCUUCAUUCCUAUGUGAAGUAAGAGACAACGAAGCGGGGAGAUAUUUUAGAAUUUCAAGAGUGAGGAGAGGAGAUGGACCUAGGUCUUAUGCGCUGUGCAUUCCUAAUGGUGAUGGAAACUAUUAUUGGGGAGUCUUAUUAAAGGAGAUGCAGAGAGUUCUCAAGGAAAACAAUCAACUUUUAGAAGAUUCACUCAGAAAACACCUAACAGAUCGGACUUUCAGAAUGUUUUACCAAAGACAGUUUUGAAGGAAUCUGUUCACAGGGGGCUGAUUAAGAUGCAUGGGUUUGUUCGCUGGCAGAGGGUAGCGAGGGAGAUUUUACUUCAAAUGAACUGAGACUCGUUUUUGGAUCUUGAGAUCAUUGAUGAACAAACAUCACAGAUUGCACUUGUUCAGGAUUAUUGGACACAGCUUUGGAGACCAAAGAAAAUAAUAGUUGAUGAUUCAGUAGUUACUUUGUCACAGAAGAUUUUAUCGUCAGAAUUAUCUUCUCAGGAAGGGGGGAGGAUGAUACCAGCAAAACUGCAUCAUGAUGUCAUUAUUCCAAUUCAAGCAAUGUCCAAAUUUGAUAAGUGGUUGAAAAUACGUGGAAUUCCAUCAGUUCUGGAGCUACAAGUUAUUCAAGUCCACUGGUGAGUCGCUGGGAGGAUUCAAGGAUGUUGCCGA